CGAAAUUACCUCAGCCAUGGCAGUGCUACACCGUGCAUUAUUCACCUGGUUCCUCCUCCUGGUCUUUCUCAUCUUGCUUGCACUCCGGCUUGACCACAGAACCCAUUGGAAUUGGUUCAUUGUCUUUAUCCCUAUGUGGUUCUAUGAUGCACUUCUUCUCAUAUACAUCAGCAUCCAUAUGAUCAAUGAAUGCCGCACGGCUGUGGGAGUAUCAGGUGGCUCACACCACCGCACGGCCAGGCAGCGUCUCUCAGCCAUCCUGAAGCGGGUCUGGCCCCUGCUGGCUGUCAUUCUCAAAAUGGCAUUCAUGGUGGCCCUGUGCCUAAAGCAGCAGAAUCCUGAUGCAGGAAUUACGUCCUACCAUGUUCUGUUGCCGCUGUGGAUUCUCCUGCUGGGUCUGUGCAUAAAUGUCCUGCAUUGCUUAGUGUUGCAGCACCAAGAUCGGUUUCCAUGAUGUGUAGGGAAUGGGAGAAGGGCAGUGAGUGAGAAAUUUUGCUGUGUAUGUAAUUAUAUGAACUGUACAAAAUGUCGCGUGGACUAAUGAGUGUUGCAUAGGGAGGAGAAGUCCUGGAGAUUAUUAUUCCUUUUUUUAGAUAUAUUUUUUCUAUUAUUAUGUGGAUGUAUUUGUAAAGUAUUUGUAUCUACAAUUUUCUUACUAAAUUCAUAAAAUUUUCAAAUAACAAAAAUAUUAUAAUUUCUUCAGGAAUAUGUAGAGGGUGAUGCUUAAACUUGCAGUGAUAAAACAAAGAAAUCCUAAAAUUUGUUUAUCUUCUAAAUGCAAAAUAUUACCCUGUGUUGAAAAAUUAAGGGAAAUGCUUUUUUUUUUUUUUUUGACUCUUAUAAUGUAUAAUAAUUCCAUAGAAAGCAUAUUUAAAGGUCAUUUAGAUAGGCUGAACUUGUUUUUCUUAAUUGAAAAUUAUAACUGAGAUGAAAUACUUAAAAGAUAUAGUAUUUCCAUUUUUUCUUUUAAUAUUAUACAGGUGCUAAAAUAAAGCCUUUUAAUAAUUUCUGAAGAAGUUUUGUACUUAUUGUCUCUUGGGUUUACUUAUUACCUUUAUAAAAGCUCUGUUGGUGAAUUAGAAUUUUGUUUAGUUCAUGUCCUGUGAAGUAAUAUAAAAUGAAGGGAUUUUGGUUUUGUCUUCCAAAGGAGACCAUAAAGUUUGUUUUUUUAACUUCUCUUUCUUUUUAUUAUAGAGUGAGUGAUAUAGAUGUAGAUAAAAGUCUGCCUCUUAUAAAUAUAAUUUAAUGUAUCUGGAAAAUUGAUGAUUAGGUAAAUUUGUAAUGAAAAUAAUUAUUGUGUUAAUAACAUUAUGGCACAGACUCUUAUUAUCACAGAGGACUCUUAAACAAAUGUUAUAUGCAUGAGUCUGUGAAAGUAAAAUAUUUUUUGGGAGAAAAUACUAUCAUUAAAUAAAAAUUUUGCAGGGAUACAAAUCAUGUCAUCUAAUAUAUAUAAUGUAAAACUGAUGAAAGCUUAGUUAUUAACAAGAUCUUAUUCAUGGGACUUUUUUUCCCAAUAGUCAAAGGAGAGUCAAUGGGUAAUGCACUGAAGAGACAGUCUUUCCCAGUGUUAUUAAACCCACUUUAUGAGCGGCUUUAUAGUAUCAGAACAUUAAAGGAAAGAGUAAAGUUAUUGGUUUGUGUUUUUGUAAGUAGUAAUGUGGUCAGAUAAGAGCAACGAAUAAGGGGAAAAGACUUUGUGGCAAAGAUGCCUAAAUGUAUUGUCUUGGUAGGAGGAAUUGUUCCUGUAAAUUCUGUUACUGUCAUUUUUUCAACAUAUUUCUGGUCAUGCAACUUAUGGCUAGAUUCUGCAUUUUGGUAGCUAGUGUAGAAUUUUUUUUCCAUUAUUUAUGACAAGGUUUUACAAAGACAAAAAUCUGAUGCUUUGGGUUUAAGUUUUGAAAGUCAAUUUUUUUUUUUUUUUUUUUUUUCUUUUAAUGAAAGUUUGAUUUUUUUUUUUUUUAUAAAUAUAUUUGAGAUGUUGGAGGAAUAUUUUAAAUCUCAGCUCCAGUAUCGGUGAUUUACAAUGGUCUGUGUUACAAAAGCUCAAGUAUUUAUCCUUAAUUCCUGAUAUUUAUGUUAUUAAGAUUUUCGUGUUUCAGUUACAUGCAUUAUGAACAUUACCAUUUUGUUGACUUAAGAGAAGUGGAGAUGGUGUAUUUAUUUACUAAAUUAUAUUUCUGAAUGCUGAAUAAAGGAGUCUUGAUACUGAAAGUUAAGAUAUAUAAUUUAUGUGCAAAAACAUGAUAACAUCAACAUGAAAACUUUUGAAGUGUUAGCCACAUCUUUAUUCAUUGAAUUUUGUUUGUCAGUUCCAUUGAAACAUGAAUAAAAGCAAACUUCAGAUUCAAAC